AUGGCGAUGCCCCAGCAGCUCGUCAUCUGUUCCCUUGUGAAAGUUUUGAUUGUGUUGCUGACGAUCGCCGUCUUAAUCCUACUCGACCCGACCUAUGUGACUGCGUAUAUUAAUUUGAAUUAUGAGAUUGUCAUGAUCUACAUCUUCUCAGCGUUGACCCUCCUCUAUUGCGUCGUGUCAAUUAUUAUGUACGUCUUGAUGACCCGUGGCACAGCCGUUGAAGAUGUUCGGCUGACCAACGUCGGACUGGCGGAGCUUGUCUGUGGCACGGCUGGGUUAAUGGCCUGGAUUCUCGUGAUUGGUAUUGGUGGUAAUAUCUCGCAGAGGACGAUCAUCGAGACUGGAGAGCGUUUUGGAUGGAUUGGAGCUAUCGCUGGAAUCAUCGGCGCAUGCUUCCUUGGUAUUAUGGCCCUCUUCCUCCUCAACAUUAUCAACGACAAGAUUGUCCGCCGACGUGCCGACAACAAAUAUCAACGCACCGUCAACGAUGGCUUCCAA